AGGUGGCAGAGGGAGAAGCUUGGUGACUGACGCCCAGCCCUACAGAGCAAAGGGAGAAAGAAAGAAGGUAGUGGAGGAGAAAGUUAAAGAAAACCCGCAAGGCAAUGACCACUAGACUCCUGUGGAGGGCCCUGUGCCUACUGGCCCUACUCUGCACCGUGUCGCACUUCAGCUCGGCCACCAACCACCCGGACCCCUCAGCCACAGAGCAGGGAGUCACCUUCAGCCACGUCUAUAAAAUUGACCUCCCUGGGAGCUCCAGUUGUAAACUAGAAAGCGUGCCAAUGCAGGACAAUACAGGUCUGCAGACAGAGACCACAACAAAUGGAGAGAAUGAUAUUAUCUUCAAACACAACAUUAGACUACAGACACCAAAGUGUGACUGUGAUGAGUCGGAGAGCUUCAAGUCUCUGUUGUAUAGAGUCAACGGACUGGAAGAAGAAGUCAACUACCUAAAGACGCAAUGUAGUCAAGGAUGCUGUGGAAAAGGCGGCGCUGCAGGUGUGGACACAAGCUGUAGUGGCCAUGGUACCUACCAGCACGACUCCUGCAGCUGCCUCUGUAACCCCGGAUGGGAAGGCCCAGAUUGCUCCACGUCCUCCUGCCCCGACGAGUGCAAUGACAACGGUCGAUGCGUGGACGGGAAAUGCGUGUGCCAUCAGGGCUACACGGGAGAUGACUGCAGCCAGCUGAUGUGUCCGGACAACUGCAACGACAAGGGACAGUGUGUGGACGGGAGAUGCGUGUGCUUCCCGCACUUCACCGGCGAGGACUGCAGCGUCCAGAAGUGUCCCAAUGACUGCAUCGGCAACGGCCAGUGUGUGGACGGCCAGUGCGUCUGCGAUGAAGGCUUUUAUGGGGAGGACUGUUCACUAGUCCUCGGGCCUCAGGGUCUUCGACUGGUCCAGGUGACUGACGUCUCCCUCCUGGUCGAGUGGGAGCCUGUUCGAGGGGCUGAGUAUUAUGUGUUGACAUAUCAUCCCAAAUUUGAUGAGGGCGCCCAGGAGCAGGUGCGGAUCCCCAACACAGAGAACUCCUACCUCAUCACAGGACUGGUUCCCGGGGUUACCUACAUCGUCCAGGUAUAUGCCGUCAUCAAGGACAUCCAGAGCGAAGCGGACAAGAUCGAAGCCACCACAGAUGUCUCAACUAUUGAUGAUAUCCGAGUUCUUGGCCAGACAGAGGUCUCCAUUCAGGUGGACUGGAGGAACCCGCAAGCUGAAGUGGAUUACUUCAGGCUCACACACGUCGACCCGGCAGGACAGGAGGAGGAGCUGGAUGUGCAGAGGAGCCAGGAGGCGCGCACCAAACACACUAUUGUGGGUCUUUAUCCAGGAACUGAGUACCAGAUCUCAGUGCAGGCCAUCAAAGGAACCACAGAGGGAAAAGCGUCCUCGGCCACCGGUGCCACAGACAUUGAUAGUCCAACAAACCUUUCGACCACCGAAGUAACAGAAGACACCGCGACAGUGUCCUGGGAUCCGGUUCAGGCUCAGAUCGAGGGCUACAUGCUGAGCUACACCUCCGCCGAGGGAUCCAGCUCUGACAUCCCCGUAGGACGUGACAGCACCUCGUACAGGCUGGUCGGCUUGAGGCCCGGAGUCCUCCACACUGUCUACAUCUGGGCCUACAGGGGAGACAGAGUCAGCAGGAAGAGUUCCACCGAAGCUGAAACAGAGCUGGAUGCUCCAACUAAUUUCUUGGCCCAGGAUGAGACAGAGUCCAGCCUCAUGGUGUACUGGGAUCGCCCUCAGGCAGAAAUUGAUGGCUACAUCCUAACCUAUAGCUCCUCUGAGGGCUCAAGUGAGGAAAUCCUAGUUGGGUCUGACAGCACUUCAUACAUGCUGACUGGCCUGAGGCCAGGCGUUCUCUACACUGUCUACAUCUUGGCCUUCAAGGGAAGCAAAGGCAGCGCGAAGACCUCGACUCAAGCCGAGACAGAACUGGAUGCUCCUGCUAACCUCUUAGCCCGAGAUGAAACAGAGUCCAGCUUCAGCGUGUCUUGGGAUCCGGUCCAGGCUGAUAUUGAUGGCUACAUCCUAACCUACACCUCUUCCGAUGGCUCCAGUGGGGAAAUCCCAGUGGGGCCCGACAGAACCUCUUAUUUGCUGACUGGUUUGAGGCCUGGAGUCCUCUACACUGUCUACAUCUGGGCUAUCAAGGGAAGCAAAGCGACGAGGAAGAUCUCAACACAAGCCGAGACAGAACUGGAUGCUCCUGCUAACCUCCUAGCCCGAGAUGAAACAGAGUCCAGCUUCAGCGUGUCAUGGGAUCCAGUCCAGGCAGAAAUUAAUGACUACAUCCUAACCUAUAGCUCUUCUGAGGGCUCUAGUGAGGAAAUCCCAGUGGGGUCUGACAGGACCUCUUACAUGCUGAGUGGCCUGAGGCCUGGAGUUCUCUACACUGUCUACGUCUGGGCCGUCAAGGGGAGCAAAGCCACCAGGAAGAUUUCAACACAAGCCGAGACAGAAAUUGAUUCCCCCAAGGACCUGAAGGCUGCAGAUGUGACGAUGGACUCUGCUUCUUUGACUUGGAUUCCUCCUCUGGCUGACAUCGAGGGCUACAUCCUCACCUACCGAGAUGAAGAGGGCAACAUGGAGACUGUUGAAAAGCAGCUCGGAGCCAGCGAGCGCAGCUUCACUGCAUCCGGUCUGGAGAUGGGGAAGAGGUACAUCGUGACCAUUAUCGCCUACAGGGGCUACAAGAGGAGCAAAGUGGUCGAGACCGUCUUCAAAACAGUUGGACUCCUCUACCCCUUCCCCAUGGACUGUGUUCAGAUCAUGAAGAACGGCAACAGGAACAGUGGCGUCUAUACCAUCUAUAUUGCCAACGAUCGCUCCAAACCAGUGGAGGUUUUCUGCGACAUGGACACUGAUGGAGGCGGCUGGCUGAUGCUCCAGCGCCGUAACACUGGCAAGCUGGACUUCAUGAAGCGCUGGAGGCAGUACAUAGCCGGUUUUGGCAACCUCACAGACGAGUUCUGGAUUGGUCUGGAUAAGAUAUACGAGCUUACCAACACUCCUACUCAGUAUGAGCUGAGGUUUGACUUAGGCCUGGGCUCAGAGAGGGUCUACGCCGUAUAUGACGACUUUAAGAUUGCACCAGUUAAGCAGAAGUUCAAACUCACUGUUGGCAAAUACAGCGGGACAGCAGGUGACGCCAUGACCUACCACCAAGGCCGGCCCUGGACUACUAUUGAUUCGGAUAAUGACAUCGCCCUGGGUAACUGUGCCUUGACUCACCGUGGCGCCUGGUGGUACAAAAACUGUCACCUGGCCAACCUCAACGGCAAAUGGGGUGACAACAGGCACAGCACGGGAGUGAACUGGGAGCCGUGGAAGGGCCACCUGACGUCCCUCGACUUCACCGAGAUGAAGAUCCGACCCCUGGGAGCCCUGUCCAGCAGGAAGAGGCGGUCGCUGAUGAUGGCCAGGGAGAGGAGCAGAAACACAAACCUCCAGAGGAAAUGAAAGAGCACCUGAAACCACAACGGAAGUCAUCGGCCUCCCCCACGAACCCGCCGUCACGCUACAUUUAGACGUUUCUGCACGUAUGUACAUACAUAUGGCUCCGACCACACCAGAAGUCUACUUGCCUCCACGUGCCUUAUUUCUUUGGACACUUUUUAGGAAAAGAGAAAAAAAAGCUCAUAUUCAAUAAUAACUUAUUAUCUGUCAUUUGUAUUCGAACCAGAAACCCCUAGGUUUGGUGCUGAUUGUAGGAAAAUGGGACAUAAUAACCGCCUUUGAGUUGUGUUGAAGUGACGUGAAGCUGAACAUUAAUGAGUUUAGUCUAUCAGUUAUAAUAUAAUUGUAAUUUUAGAAAACUCCUGUUUCACUGGUUUUGGUGGAAACCUCAAUUAUUAGUCAGGAAACAGAAGAUGGAAAACUACUUUUCUCCAGUUACUGCAUUCAUUUAAACUUUUUUUUUUUAAACUUGCAACCCAGGUGUAUUAUGUUUUUUGUUUUUUUUUCAUGUGUUAGGAAGAAAUUGAGUGUAUUGGCCUUUAAGAGCAUAAACGUAAAAACAAAGCGUCAAGCAUGGUUUGUGUGUUUUGUUAAUGGAUGAGGUGUAGGCUGUCAGUUAGCGCCCAGAGUUUAUUGAUUAUGAAGCUGGCUGGCUCCGUCACAUUAAACUGCCAGUGUGCCUCUAACACUGUCACAUCACAUCAGCUCGUAUAGGACAAGCCAGAGAAUAACAACAGAUGGCUGCCUGGCAUAUCCAUACCGCCGCUGCUUUACAUUCAUAUGACAGGGACAGCUCGUAUCAAUCACCGUGAUGCGCCCGCAUCAAAUGUCAGGAAGAAUGAAGUUUGUUUGCCCCAUCCUCAGGAGCUUAAUGACCAAACUCUUGUUUUCAAUCUGGAAAGCUGACAGAAGUUAUUAAUGCUGCCUCGACUUUGACUUUACUUAAUUACAUUUUCUUUUUUUUUUUUACCAUUUUUAUUACAAACUUGGUUUAUGUGUCAAGGACGGAGCACAUCAAUCUCUGCUAAUCUGCCAGGAUUGAUUUGUAGCCCCUGCCUCUCAUACAUUUUGCAUUGUCCCCCCCUCCCUUAAAAAACACCUUUUUAAGAUUUCAUGACCCAUAAAGGUUUUAUUCCGGCUAAUCCUCAAUCAAGAUUUUCAAGGUCAGAAACGAGGACCUGUGUGUUAAAUACUUCCUGUACUGAUUGUGUUGUCAAACCGAGCCGCUCGUUCAUAUUCACGCCGCCGUUCUCGGAAUAAAGAAAUAAUAAUUCAAAAAAA